AUGAUAUAGUUGCAGGAAAUAAUAAGGAAUUAUCUUCAAUUCUCGAAGAUGCUUUAUCUAAACGACAAGAUAUUCCAUUCAUAGUUAUUGAUAAUGAAGGAUCAACAGAAAGGAUAAAUAGAAUGUACUAUUAUAUAUUGUGUAUUUAUGAUGGAAAGACUUCAGAUGAAUGUGAAGAAAAA